AUGACGGACGCAUCCACCUCAGGUUGGGGGGCGAUAUGCGAGGGUGUGGCAGUGAACGGGCUCUGGCCUCUGACCCAGUCCAGGCAGCACAUAAACGUUUUGGAGCUCCUCACAGUGUGGUUGGCCCUCCAACGGUUUCUGCCGAUGUUGAGGGGCCAGCACGUGCUUAUCAGGACAGACAACACGUCUGCCCUCGCUUACAUCAACCGACAGGGAGGGAUACGGUCCCGCCCUCUAUUUCAGGUGGUGACCCGUCUUCUUUUAUGGACGGAGAGGAAUGGUAUCCUCUCCCUCAGAGCAGUACAUAUUCCGGGGCGCAUCAAUGUGGGUGCAGAUCUUCUGUCCAGGGGCAGUCCACGUGCAGUGGACUGGCGACUACACCCUCAGGUAGUGGAGGAGAUUUGGACGUGUUUUGGCAAGGCCGAUGUCGACCUGUUCGCGUCACGACAGAACACACAAUGUCCCCUAUGGUUUUCUCUGGGAGGGGACAGCCCCCCAUUGGGGGUGGAUGCACUUGCACACCCCUGGCCCGUCGGCCGGCUGUAUGCCUUCCCACCAGUGGCCCUCCUUCCACAUGUCCUGGCCAGAGUGAGAGAGGAACACCAGUCACUCACGCUAGUCGCCCCGAGGUGGCCCAAACAACCUUGGUUUGCAGACCUUUGCAGGCUGACGGUGGGCACACCAUGGGAGAUUCCACUGCGUCGGGAUCUCCUGACACAGGGCCACGGCACGAUUUGGCACCCGCGGCCGGCGCUAUGGAAACUAGCAGCCUGGCAGCUGAAAGGGUAA